AGAGGAAAGAUGGACAGACAGAGGAGAAAAAAGCAAAGAGACCUUCGAAAGCACAAAAUUAAAUAAUAAAAAACAGUUUUGAGAGGGAAAGGUGGGGUUGAGAUUCUAGAGAGAGAGAGAGAAACCAGAGAGGCCCCCCAAAAUCAGGUAUAUAAAGGCAACCUAAGGCCACUACUUCCACCCUGCAAUGAUGAACUACUCACUACCUCGACGACAAGCUUUCUUCGAAGCCUAACGCCCCCUUGUCCGUGUCUUCCGAGCUGCUUUCUCUCUUCUUCCUCCUAAGUUUCUCAAAUUUCGAUGAGAUUUUUCUGCUCUGAUUUCCUUGCUUCAAAUUCACGUUAAAUGUCAUCUCCGUCCUCCUAUAUAUAACUACUCACUUUGAUUAGUGCAUAGCAUUUUAGUUUGAAAUUUGGAUAUUUCUGGGUGUUUCUUUGAUCUUUCUAUUUGGUUGAUCAUACUCGAGAAGAUGGUAAUGGUGGAGGAAGGUGUUUUAGUGGUGGUUAGAGAGUUUGAUGCAAAAAAAGACUGUAGGGGAGUGGAAGAUGUGGAGAGAAGGUGUGAGGUUGGACCCAGUGGCAAGCUGUCUCUCUAUACUGACCUUUUGGGUGAUCCUAUUUGCAGAGUUCGCCACUCUCCUGCCUAUCUCAUGCUGGUAGCUGAGCUAGUGGUGGGUAAAGAAGACGGAGAACAGAGAGAAAUAGUAGGGAUGAUAAGAGGUUGCAUCAAAACCGUUACGUGCGGCCGAAAAUUCUCCAGAAAUUCAAGAAAUCGCUACGAUCUCUCAAAAACCCAAUCCAUUCCCGUCUACACCAAACUCGCCUAUAUCUUAGGCCUCCGCGUCUCUCCUUCUCACAGGCGAAUGGGACUGGGGUUGAAGCUUGUGCGUGGAAUGGAGGAGUGGUUCAGAGAAAAUGGAGCUGAAUAUUCGUACAUAGCAACCGAAAACGACAACCAAGCUUCGGUUAAGCUCUUCACCCACAAAUGCGGCUAUUCCAAGUUCCGUACACCUUCCAUCCUGGUCCACCCCGUGUUCGCUCACAGAGUCCGAGUCACCAAGCGAGUCACGAUCCUCAAACUCACUCCCUCUGAGGCUGAGUCUCUAUACCGCCGACGGUUCUCCACCACCGAGUUCUUCCCCAGAGACAUUGACGUCGUUCUCAACAACAAACUCAAUCUGGGUACUUUCGUUGCCGUUCCGAGUGGUUCUUACUGUGCCGAGGCAUGGCCGGGUGCUGACUCGUUCUUGGCUGACCCGCCCGAGUCAUGGGCCGUACUCGGUGUGUGGAACUGUAAGGACGUGUUCACACUCGAGGUCCGAGGCGCGUCGGUGUUGAGAAGAGCAUUUGCCAAAACGACCCGUUUACUAGACCGGGCUUUUCCGUGGCUUCACGUACCGUCGGUGCCGGAGCUGUUUGGGCCAUUUGGGCUUCAUUUUUUAUAUGGGCUUGGUGGCGAAGGUCCACUUUCUGCCCAGUUUACGAAGGCCCUUUGUGGGUUUGCCCACAACCUGGCUAAAGAGUCCGGUUGUGGGGUGGUGGCGACGGAGGUGGCAAAUCGUGAACCGCUCAGGUUAGGAAUCCCACACUGGAAGAGGCUAUCAUGCGCCGAGGACUUGUGGUGUGUGAAACGGCUUGGGGAAGACUACAGUGACGGGUCUGUGGGUGACUGGACCAAGUCAGCACCUGGUCUGUCCAUUUUUGUUGAUCCAAGAGAAUUCUAAUUAACCAAACUCUACUGUCUUUUAGCUUAAAGAAUUUAGUUUAGAACCUCUCCUUACAGCCUAGACCCAGUAAUGGCGUGAGCCUUAUGGUCCCAGUACGCCUUAAUUUAAUUUAGAACCUCAGAGAAAAAUCCAAAGAAAGAAAGGGUUUUUUACUUUCUUUUGUUUUGUUUUGUUUUUGUUUUUGUUUUAUUAUAUAGAUUUUAGGGUUUUAAAGA